UUGAGCUUUUGAGGGGCUGCGGGGACUGGCACUGUCUGGACGAGAUGGCCCCUGCGAGGAGAGUCCUGGCCUGGCUGCUGCUACUGGUUCUGGCCUUGCUGGGUGGCAGCGCAGCAGAACGGGACUGCCGAGUGAGCAGCUUCAAAGUCAAGGAGAACUUCGACAAGAACAGGUAUAGUGGCACCUGGUAUGCUAUGGCAAAGAAAGAUCCAGAGGGGCUCUUUCUGCAAGACAAUGUGGUAGCCCAGUUUACAGUAGAUGAGAAUGGACAGAUGAGUGCUACUGCGAAGGGCAGAGUCAGACUCUUUAAUAACUGGGAUGUCUGUGCAGACAUGAUUGGCUCUUUCACUGACACAGAGGAUCCCGCCAAGUUCAAGAUGAAGUACUGGGGUGUUGCUUCUUUUCUUCAGAAAGGAAAUGAUGAUCACUGGGUAGUGGACACAGAUUACGAUACUUACGCUCUUCAUUAUUCCUGCCGCCAACUAAAUGAAGACGGCACCUGUGCCGAUAGCUAUUCCUUUGUGUUCUCCCGGGACCCCAAGGGAUUGCCCCCAGAGGCACAGAAGAUUGUCAGACAACGGCAGGUAGACCUCUGCUUGGACAGAAAAUACAGAGUUAUUGUUCAUAAUGGAUUCUGCUCUUAAGGAGAUCCAAAACUAUGGAAGGAAAUCACGUAACAGCAGCAUGGAUGUAAUGUUAACACAUUGAUUAAGUGUUCAGUUGAAAAGCUUUUAAAUGGCUUCAUUUAGAUCUUGAAUAUAUUUAUCUGAGCUGUGUAGCUCAGCUUGUCAAUAAACCAAUGAAAUGUUUUAAUAAACUUGGAUUACAGGGGAUGCA